AUGCACCGCGGCAAACCAGUGGUGAUCGCGCUGGAUAGUGAGUUUCUCAAGACACAUGGUCAUGUGCUUACGAGAGCCGUGGCCUUUGUCCCCUUCUCGUCCAGAAAAGGAACUUCAGGAAGUGAGCAUCAAGUUGAUGGCAAUGUCGCGGCGACAAGUACUUCUCUCCAUUCUUCCUUAUCGCCGUCAUUGCCGGUACCGAAGCGGCAGGCAUUUCGGCGAGCAACAGUAUUUGGAGUUCCCAUCAUUCUGAACCUCGAUCCUGCCGAGGUGAUGCGCCGGGCAGACGUUCUUCCUUGUGGGCACUCUCUCGCACUAGAAAUGCGCACGGGGUUGGUAAGUGGAGAAAGGCUCAGGACUCUGCAGGAGCGACAUGCACGAUCCGACAGCAAAGCUUUUUUGAAGAGGACGGAGGAAGCGACGACGACGACGACGACGACAAAGACAACAACAACAACAUUUUCAGGCAAUCGUGCGUGGCAUUUGGAGUUCAACUCUCUUUGUCCCUACAGCAUUCCGAAUAUUCGACGGGCCGAUCAUUCGUGGUUUAAAGCAAUUUACUCUGCUUCCGUGCAUUCAUCGGAGUUUCGCGGGGCGGCCAUGUGUUUAGAUCAUCUGAAAGCGUAUGGUAAAGGAAGACGUCAGGAAAGAUCCUUAUCGUUUUUGUUACGACAUCACCCAACGCUCCUACAAGAAAUACUGCGGGUGUCUUUUUCUUCUGCCGAGGCGUGGUGUGCAUGGCUAGUGAUGUGUGGGGAUUUGGUAGAGAAGGAACUGCGUCAAUUAGCCGAGAAAUACCGUCAGAUGUCGUCAUCCCCCUUUACUCCAUCGAUAUGGAUGGAGUACGAUCCAAGCUAUAAAGGUGUGCAGUAUAAAGAAUGUGGGAACAUGGAGGAAUUUUCUUAUGAGUUAAGUCGUCUCUGGUAUAUUCUACUACGUCACGGUGGUGAGGUUGGUACGAAGCUGUACACUUACGGUGACAUGGAUGCGAAAGCCAUACAAAAUACUCUGCGACUAAGUUGCUGCAUGAAAACUCGAUAUUCACCUCGGGCAUCGCAAAGUGCCCGGUUGCGUUCCUCACCCUCUCAACUUACUGGAGCGGAUGAAGCCAGUAAUAAUAAAAGUGACAGCCAGGAUGUAUUGACCCCGCUGCAGCCUGAAUCGGGUCAAAUUCUCACUUCCCCGUAUGAGGCCAAAGUGGUAGAUGUCACACGGCACACACUUUUUGCCGCGUCCGGGUUUCGCACAUCGCCAAGAGUCAUUCCACCGUUGGGUGAUGCUUUAGAAAAGGCUGCAAUUGUCGAUGAGGCCGCCGUGCGUUUACGCUCGCAAAGUGAUCCACACAAUCCUGUAUGGGACGCGAAGGCUCUUGCGUGUAUCACCGUUGCCUGUGGAAUUUGUCUGGGGUGA